UAUAAUUUAACUGUAAACGGAAAAGAAUUAAAAUAAAAGUGCGGGUGGGGAUUGGUAAGAGUAGGAACGUAAAUUACUUAAUCCUGGGAAUGAGCAGCUUGUCCACAGUAAUAAUUUCGUCACCGGCAAGAAUGUAUCUUUUAGUAACAGGAAUCGUGCUCUUUAUGAGCGGCAUUUCAUUGGCUGAUGUUCCAUCUGAUUUAAUGAAGAAUCAAGUUGUUCCUGAUGUUAUAAACAAAGCGCCCGUUAAUGAAGUUGAGGUGGAGUAUGGAAAGAAAAAAGUUCGAGUGGGAGAAGAAUUGACUCCAACAGAAGUGAAAAAUGCACCGGAAAUUGAUUACAAGGAUGAUGAUGACGCUUUGUAUACAUUGAUCAUGACUGAUCCCGAUGCGCCAAGUCGACAAACUCCUACGAAUCGAGAAUUCGUUCACUGGCUGGUGGGAAAUAUUCCCGAAGAUGAAGUUUCCAAGGGUGAUGUUUUGGCACCAUACGUCGGCUCAGGUCCACCAAAAGGAACAGGCCUUCACCGAUAUGUCUUCUUAGUUUACAAACAAAAGGGAAAAAUAACUUUCAAUGAACCACAACUCACAAGUAAUGGAAAAGAAGGUCGUCGUAAUUUUUCGGCAAAAAAAUUCGCUGAAAAAUAUAAUCUUGGCGAUCCAAUUGCUGCAAACAUGUUCCAAGCACAAUGGGAUCAGUCUGUUUCCAAUUAAAUAAUUUUAAGUACUUUUUCACACAUAUUAUGCAUUCUAAACCAAAGGAAUCUUAAAAAAUCUUUGUCAUAAUCGUGCUUUUAUAAUAAAAAUGCUUUUAGUAUAGUAAAUUAUAAAUUAUAAAAUGAGUCACAAAUAUUUUGCAACUUAAAUCGUUUUUAUACUUUUAAUUUGAAUUCAUAUUUUUUUCUAUUUGCGAUGUUAUAUAUUAUAUAUAAUUGUUAAUUAUAAUAUAAUUUUACAU